AUGUCGUUGGAAUCCAACCUGUCAGCAGCACAUGGAACCCAGUUGACUUAUGAAGAGUUUGAUGGGAGAGCAUGUGGUAUUGCAAAUAGAUGUGACAAGAAGAUUCUGAUCACCACCAGGACUGAGUGCCGGUCUUGUAGUCUCAACCUUCACAUCAAUUGUCCAGAAGGCUACACUAAAGUGACGAAUGGCUCCACUGGAGUAAGAGACUGCAGAUACUCCUUCCAGGUCAGGGAUUAUGCUCUGUCUCUUCCUGGAUGUCGACAUAUAUGCAGAAAGGAAUACCUACAGCCACAAUGCUGUCCAGGAUUCUGGGGUCCAGACUGCAUGGAAUGUCCUGGAGGAGAGAAGUCCCCUUGCAGUGGCAGAGGGCGUUGUUCUGAUGGCAUUGAAGGAAAUGGAAGUUGCAUUUGUUUGGAAGGAUACGGUGGAACAGCUUGUGAAACCUGUGCCGAAGAAAACUUAUUUGGACCUAACUGUACUUCAGUUUGCAGUUGUGUCCAUGGCAUGUGCAACAAUGGAGUAGACGGGGAUGGAGCGUGCUUGUGCUAUUCUGCCUAUUCAGGCCCCAACUGUGAUGAGCCAAUCCCUGAUUGUGAAGCUUUGUUAUGCCCAGAAAAUUCCAGAUGUUCUACUUCCAGCAUAGAUGAGUCCAUAUUGGAAUGCAAAUGCGUCCCCAAUUACAAAGGAGAUGGCCGGCAUUGUGAGCCUAUCAACCCAUGUGAGCAAAAGGUCUGUGACGAGAACGCUCAUUGCACUUAUCUGGGACCAAAUCGGCAUCAAUGCACCUGCCGAGAAGGUUACAAAGGGGAUGGUCGAGUGUGUGUACCUGUUGACCCUUGCCAAGAAGACUUUGGAGGCUGUCCGACUCAGUCCACAGUAUGCCAGUAUGAUGGCCCCGGGCAGUCCCAUUGUGAAUGUAAGGAGCACUACCAGAAUUUUGCCCCGGGCCUGGGCUGCAGCAUGACGGACCUCUGUGAAUCCAGCAAUCCAUGUCACAAAAAUGCCAACUGCACCAUGAAGGCGCCUGGCCAGACAGAGUGUACUUGCCAGAAAGGUUAUGUGGGGGAUGGAUCCAUGUGCUACGGGAACAUUAUGGAACGGCUGCAAAACCUCAACACGGAACCCAGAGGACAGUGGCAAGGAAAACUUACCUCCUUCAUUUCACUCCUGGAUAAAGCCUAUGCUUGGCCUCUCAGCAACCUGGGACCCUUCACUGUACUAGUUCCAACAAACAAGGGGUUAAAAGGAACAAAUGUCAAGGAGCUUUUGAUGGAUAAAGAGAAGGUUCAAUACUUUGUGAAACUCCACAUCAUCGCUGGCCAGGUAGACAUGGAAGGGUUGAACGGCACAGACACCUUUUACACCUUGACUGGGAAGUCAGGGGAAAUAUUCAAUGGAGACAAGGACAAUCAAAUUAAGCUCAAACUCAGUGGAGGAAAAAAGAAAGGGAAGAUUGUACAAGGGAACAUAAUUGCCUCCAAUGGACUGUUGCACAUCAUCGAUAAGGCCAUGGACAAGAUGGCACCUGUGUUUGAGAGCAGCUCAGAGCAAACCAUAAUGGCAAUGCUACAGCCAAGAUACAGCAGAUUCAGAUCCCUGUUGGAGGUAACAAACGUGGGCCAAGCCUUAGAUGAAGAUGGUGUUGGUGGACCUUAUACCGUCUUUGUUCCAACUGAUGAAGCCUUAAACAACAUGAAAGAUGGCGUUCUGGACUAUCUCCUCUCUACAGAGGGCUCUCGAAAACUUCUGGAACUUGUCCGAUAUCAUAUUGUCCCAUUUACUCAGCUGGAAGUUGCCAACAUCAUCUCCAAACCCCACAUCAGGAGCAUGGCCAACCAGAUUAUCCAGUUUAAUACAACCAGCAAUGGACAAAUCCUGGCCAAUGAAGUGGCAAUAGAAGAAGUGGAAGUGGCUGCCAAAAAUGGCCGAAUUUAUACCCUCACUGGAGUUCUCAUUCCCCCCUCCAUCAUUCCCAUUCUUCCCCAUCGGUGUGAUGAGACUCAGAGGGACAUGAAGCUGGGCACAUGUGUGAGCUGCUCCCUGGUAUAUUGGAGUGUCUGUCCUGCCAACUCAGAGCCAUUGAGUCUUUUUACAUCCAACUGUGUCUAUGGUCGCAGGGUAGGGAGUGAGAAAUUUCCUACCAAGGGUUGUGCCAGAUACUGUAACUCUACUGUAAAGAUACCCAAGUGCUGCAAAGGCUUCUAUGGCCCAGACUGUAACCAGUGUCCAGGAGGUUUUUCCAAUCCGUGCUCUGGAAAUGGACAGUGUGUUGAUGGGUUCAGUGGCAACGGGACUUGCAUUUGUGAUGAUGGAUUCCAAGGUUCUCGCUGUCAGUUCUGUUCUGAUGCUGGAAAAUACGGACCCCGGUGUGAAAAAAAAUGUUUGUGUGUUCAUGGGAAAUGUGAUAAUCAAAUAGACAGUGAUGGGGCCUGCCUUCCUGGAACCUGUAAGGAUGGAUCAGCUGGAAAGUUCUGUGAUAAGCAGACCACAGCAUGUGGCCCUUAUGUCCAAUUCUGUCAUAUCCAUGCAAAUUGUGAAUACAGCAACAGAUUUGCCAGCUGUGUCUGCAAACAAGGAUACCAAGGUGAUGGGACCAUUUGUACAGAAGUAGACCCAUGCGCAGGAAACAUCCCAGGAGGCUGCAGCAGCAAUGCAGAAUGUAUUAAAACCGGUGCAGGAACUCACAUGUGUGUCUGCCAACCUGGAUGGACCGGAGAUGGAAGAGAUUGCACAGCAAUUAAUAACUGCUUGCUACCCAACUUUGGAGGUUGCCAUGACAAUGCAACCUGCUUGUAUGUAGGUCCUGGCCAGCACAACUGUGAGUGUAAAAAAGGAUUCCGAGGCAAUGGGAUUGACUGUGAACCAGUAAUGUCGUGCUUGGAACAAACAAGGAAAUGUCAUCCCCUGGCGACCUGCCAGCCCACUUCCUCUGGCCUCUGGAGCUGUGUUUGCCAGGACGGUUAUGAAGGAGAUGGCCUGAUAUGUUAUGGAAAUGUAGCUAUGGAACUGUCCCUUCUGUCAGAAGCCUCCAUAUUUAACCAAUGGGUAAAUGAGGCCUCUUCACAAGCGAUGCUCGCAAGUGCCUCCAACCUUACAGUCCUGGUGCCUUCCCAACAAGCCAUCAAAAAUAUGGACCAAGAUGAGAAGACCUUUUGGUUGUCAAAAAGCAACAUUCCAACCCUCAUCAAGUAUCAUUCCCUGGUGGGCACCUACAGAACCUCAGACCUCCAGGUCCUGUCUUCUUCAGACAUGCUUGCAACAUCUUUGCAAGGAAAUUUUCUUCAUUUAGCUAAAAUGAAUGGGAAUAUCACCAUCGAAGGAGCUAACAUCGUGGACAGCGACAAGGCAGCCACAAACGGCAUCAUCCAUGUCAUCGACAAGGUCCUGUUACCCCAAAGAAGUAUGAGUGCUUCAUUACCCAACCUUCUCAACCGACUGGAUCAGAUGCCUGACUAUUCCAUCUUCCGGGGCUACAUCAUUCAAUAUAAUCUAGCUGCCGCAAUUGAAGCUGCUGAUACCUAUACAGUAUUUGCCCCAAAUAAUGAAGCCAUUGAGAAUUUUAUCAGAGAAAAAAGGAUUGCCACGCUAGAAGAGAACAUACUUCGGUAUCAUGUCAUUCUAGAAGAGAAACUCCUGAAGAAUGAUCUACACAAUGGCAUGCAUCGGGAGACCAUGCUGGGAUUUUCAUACCUCAUUGGAUUCUUCCUCCAAAAUGGUCAGAUCUAUGUAAAUGAGGCCCCAAUCAACUAUACCAAUGUAGCUACUGAUAAAGGUGUAAUCCAUGGUUUGGGGAAAGUCCUAGAAAUCCAGAAGAACAGAUGUGAUAGCAACUACACUACCAUUUUACGAGGAAAGUGUGAAUACUGUUUUCUAAAGACCUGCCCUCUGGAACUAAACCUGUGGCUCUCCCUGGGUUAUAUAUCAGCACAAUAUGUGUUUCAUGAAAAAAAUUUUCUAAAGAAGAAUGUAAAUGUCCCUAUUUCACAGGAAGGAGAGACAAAGAAAUGUAUCUAUGUGACUUUCUUCAUGGGAAAGAGAUCUUUGCAUAUAGGAUGCCAGACAAAAUGUGUCAAAACAGUGAUUACCAGAGAAUGUUGUGCAGGCUUCUUCGGGCCUCAGUGCCAGCUCUGUCCUGGCAAAGCUGGGAAUGCCUGCUUUGGGAAUGGCAUCUGCCUAGAUGGAGUGAAUGGCACUGGCGUGUGUGAAUGUGAGGGAGGAUUCAGUGGAACGGCCUGCGAGACUUGUAUGGAGGGCAUGUAUGGUUCCAAUUGUGACCAAGUAUGCAGUUGUGUCCAUGGACAAUGCAGUCAGGGGCCCAAUGGUGAUGGGUCCUGUGAAUGUGACGUUGGCUGGAGAGGCGUGAAAUGUGAUACUGAGAUCAAGAAAGAUGACUGUAAUAACACUUGCCAUACUAGUGCAAACUGCCUCCUCAAUUCCAGUGGUACAGCUUACUGCAAAUGUGCUGCUGGCUUUCAAGGCAACGGGACAGUCUGCACAGCAAUUGAUGCUUGUGAAACCAGCAAUGGCGGUUGCUCCACCAAAGCCGACUGCAGGAGGACCACACCAGGAAAGCGAGUGUGUGUUUGCAAAGCAGGAUACACUGGAGAUGGCAUUGUAUGCCUAGAAAUCAACCCCUGUUUGGAAAACAAUGGUGGCUGUGACCGAAAUGCAGAAUGUACCCAGAUUGGUCCCAACCAGGCUGCCUGUAACUGUUUACGAGGAUAUACAGGAGAUGGUAAAACAUGCGCAUUCAUCAAUAUCUGCUUAACAAGAAAUGGUGGCUGCAGUGAAUUGGCUAUCUGUAAUCAAACUGGCGUAGACGAAAGGACUUGUACCUGCAAACCAGGUUACGAAGGGGAUGGAUUCACCUGCCGGGGACCCAUCUAUCUGGAACUUCCCAAAAAUACUGAUACCAUCCCCUACUUCUUUCAUCUUCAGGAAAAUGCCAUUCGAGACCUGAUGGGCCCAGGUCCCUUUACUGUCUUUGUGCCUUGGAAGGAAGCUUUAGAGAAUACAUCCCAAACCCAGGUUAAGGAGUGGAUCACCCAGGGCGUCAUGCCGCAGGUCCUUCGAUACCAUGUAGUUGCCUGCCAAAAGUUGCUCUUGGAAAACCUAAAACUGAUUCCAAGUAUGACUUCACUCCAAGGGGAAACCAUCCAUAUCAAUGUGUCCCAGGAUACAGUUUAUGUAAAUGGCAAUGCUAAGAUAGUGUCCAGCGAUAUCAUCUGUAGCAACGGAGUGAUCCACAUCAUAGACCAAAUACUGGUGCCAAAAAAAUUGCAAGAAAUACGCAAAGAUGCCUCUGGGAAUAAUGUAGAUAAUCUCAUCUCAGUGGCAGUUCACCAGGGGUACGUGAAGUUCACCAACAUGCUCCAGGAUACUGGUUUGUUAAGUUUUAUCAACGACCCCGUCCACAAACCGGUAACCCUGUUCUGGCCCACGGACGAAGCUCUGAAAGCUCUUCCUCAGGAACAACAAGAUUUCCUCUUUGGCAAAGACAAGGAUAAACUAAAGCAAUACCUCAAGUUCCAUAUCAUCAGAGAUUCCAAGAUCUUGGCAGUGGAUUUGCCCAGUGUUGCAUCCCGGAAGACAUUACAAGGUUCUGAACUCAAUGUGAAAUGUGGUGAUGGGAACAACAUUGGUGACCUCUUUCUGAAUGAUCAGAAGUGCCGGAUUGUCCAGCGGCAGCUUGAGUUUGAUAGCGGCAUCGCGUAUGGGAUUGAUUGUAUGCUGAUUAACCCCAGCUUCGGGGGCCGCUGUGACAGUUUCGUUACCUUCAAUGUCUCGGGGGAGUGUGGGAGCUGCUACAACAUUCCUCGCUGCCCAACAUGGAGUAAGCCAAAGGGAGUGAAGCAGAAGUGUUUUUACCACCUGCCAUUCAGGAGGAACCUGGAAGGCUGCCAGCAGAAGUGUACGAUGGUUAUGAGGCUGCCUAAGUGCUGUAAGGGCUACUUUGGGAGGGACUGUCAAGCUUGUCCCGGAGGAUCCACGACCCCAUGUAAUAACCGGGGUGUCUGCAUUGAUGAAUAUUUUGGGGGUGGAGAGUGCAAAUGCAAUACUGGGUUCAAUGGAACGGCAUGUGAACUGUGUUGGCCUGGAAGAUAUGGACCAGACUGUAAAUCCUGUGAAUGCUCAGAACAUGGGACGUGUGAUGACAGCAUCACUGGCUCUGGAAAUUGCUUCUGUGAAACAGGCUGGACCGGUCGAUUCUGUGACACUCAACUAGUUUUGGCUCCCGUGUGCACGCCUCCAUGUUCUAAGUACGCUACCUGUAAAGAGAACAACUCGUGCGAGUGUAACCUGCAUUAUGAAGGGGACGGGAUAACAUGUACAGUUGUGGAUUACUGCAAGCAGAACAAUGGCGGCUGCUCAAAGGUUGCCAAGUGUUCCCAGGUGGACACGGCAGUGUCCUGCAGCUGCCAAAAAGGCUACAAGGGGGACGGGCACAUCUGUACCGCUGUGGACCCCUGUGCGGAUGGGCUGAAUGGAGGGUGUCACGAACAUGCAAUUUGUACCAUGACGGGUCCGGGCAAGCACAGAUGCGAAUGCAAAAGCCACUAUGUGGGUGAUGGAUUGGACUGCGUGGUGGAACAGCUCCCCAUCGACCGAUGCUUACAAGACAAUGGGCAGUGCCAUGCGGAUGCCAACUGUGCAGACCUCCACUUCCAGGAUGCAACUAUUGGCGUCUUUCACCUACGCUCUCCCCAAGGCCAGUACAAGCUGACCUUUGAUGAAGCCAGAGAAAUGUGCGCUAAGGAAGAAGCAACCAUAGCCACCUACAUUGAGCUCUCCUACGCCCAGAAGGCCCAGUAUCACCUCUGUUCGGCCGGCUGGCUCAGUGAUGGGAGGGUGGCCUAUCCAACCGCUUACUCCUCUCAGAACUGUGGCUCGGGCUUCGUCGGCAUCGUGGACUACGGGCCGAGGCCCAACAAGAGCGAAAAGUGGGAUGUCUUCUGCUACCGAGUGAAGGAUGUGAACUGUACAUGCAAGGUGGGCUACGUAGGAGACGGCUUCGCUUGCAGUGGCAACCUCCUGCAGGUUCUCAUGUCCUUCCCCUCGCUGGCCAACUUCCUAUCGGAAGUUCUGAUAUAUUCCAAUAGCUCGUCCAAAGGCAAGGCCUUCCUGAAGCACUUGACUGACCUGUCAACCCAUGGUACUCUCUUUGUGCCAAAUAAUGAUGGACUCUGGGAAAACAAGACACUUUCUGGAAGAGACAUCGAGCACCAUCUCUCCAAUGCCAGUACUUUAUUUUAUGAAGAUAUGACCAACGGUACCACUCUAUGGACUCGGCUAGGAGGCCAGCUGCUGAUUACGUAUGGGCAAGACCCACUUCACACAAAUGAAACCAGAUUUGUUGAUGGACAAGCCAUCCUCCAAUGGGAUAUUUUUGCUUCCAAUGGAAUAAUCCACGUAAUUUCAGGGCCUUUGAAAGCACCUCCUGCACCAGUUGUUUCUGCUCAUGCUGGUUUGGGAGCAGGCGUAUUCUUCACCAUCAUAUUGAUCAUCGGGGCCAUCGCGUUAGCUGGAUAUUCUUACUUCAGGAUCAAUCGGAGAACAAUCGGCUUCCAGCAUUUUGAGCCAGAAGAGGAUAUAGAUGUCACAGCCCUUGGCAAACAGCCAUCCUCGAAUAUUUCCAACCCCAUGUACGAGAGCACAACCACGCAGCCUCCAGAACCCGACUAUGACCCUUUUUCGGAAUCUGAUGAACAGCAGCUUGUGACUAGUGGUACCCAAGACCUUUAAGAUGACCUGGAGCUGCGGGGCCUACAGAGCAGCCCUCAACCAGUCGAUGGGAACUGUGAAUACUUAGGGCCAGCCAAGUUUCGGGAAUGAUGAAAUAGAAGUCACUCCAAUGUCAUACCUCAUUACUUUUGUUCUGGGGCUUUUUUGUUUUUAUCUGGAGGGGGAGAAGGCAGAGAAACGGGCGUUUCCUCCUGUGCUCCAUUUCAGCCCAAUGGAAGACAAACCAUUUCCCUGAAUUCAACAUCGCCUGGAAUAAUAAGAGCUAACAUUAAUAUAGCUCUUUAAUGUUUCCAAAGUCCUUCAUACAAUUAUCCCAUUUUUGUCCUCAAAAUGACCCUGGGAGUUAGGUGCUAUUAUCAUCCUCAUUUUACAAAUGAGGAAACUGAGUCAGACAGAGGUUAAGUGGCUUACCCAGAGUCACACAGCUAGUGAGCGUCUGAGGCCAUAUUUGAAUUCAGGUCUUCCUCCAAAGAUGAGCUCAAACCUCCCUACGUUGCCCUCCCCCUUCAAGUUUUGCUAGACCAUUCUGUCUGGAUCUCUCAUUCGCUCCUUGCUCAUUUUUAUAUUUAUCCGUGUACAUGCAGUAUUUCUUCUCUCCUUGCCCCAACUAGAAUGGAAGCUCCUUGAGGGCAGGAAUUGUAAUUUUUUUUUAAUUUGCACAUAGUAUGCACUUAAUAAAUGUUUUUGAAUGAAAUGCAAAC